UCCACAGUUCCUGCCAGGAGAAAGGAACAUUCUGAGGGGAGUCUACACCCUGUGGAGCUCAAAAUGGUCCUGAGUGGGGCGCUGUGCUUCCGAAUGAAGGACUCGGCAUUGAAGGUUCUUUAUCUGCAUAAUAACCAGCUUCUAGCUGGAGGGCUGCAUGCAGGGAAGGUCAUUAAAGGUGAAGAGAUCAGCGUGGUCCCCAAUCGGUGGCUGGAUGCCAGCCUGUCCCCCGUCAUCCUGGGCGUCCAGGGUGGAAGCCAGUGCCUGUCAUGUGGGGCGGGGCAGGAGCCGACUCUAACACUAGAGCCAGUGAACAUCAUGGAGCUCUAUCUUGGUGCCAAGGAAUCUAAGAGCUUCACCUUCUACCGGCGGGACAUGGGGCUCACCUCCAGCUUCGAGUCGGCCGCCUACCCGGGCUGGUUCCUGUGCACGGUGCCUGAAGUUGAUCAGCCUGUCAGACUCACCCAGCUUCCCGACAAUGCCGGCUGGAAUGCCCCCAUCACAGACUUCUACUUCCAGCAGUGUGACUAGGGCAAUAUGCCCCCCAGAACUCCCUGGGCAGACCAGCUCGGGUGAGGGAAGGAUCACAGACCCUGGGAUUGCAAGGCUUGGGAUCCAGUCUCUAAGAAGACUGCUGUACUGAUUGAAGAGUGUCCCCUGCAAAUUCACAUCCUUCUUGGAAUCUCGGUCUGUGAGCUUAUUUGGAGAUAAAGUCUCUGCAGAUGCAGUUAGUUAAGACGAGGUCAUGCUGGAUGAAGGUAAACCUAAAUUCAAUAUGACUGGUAUCCUUGUAUGAAAAGGAGAGGACACAGAGACACAGAGGAGAUGCAGGGAAGAAGACUAUGUAAAGACGAAGGCAGAGAUCGGAGUGAUGCGGCCACAAGCCAAGAAACACCAAGGAUUGUGGCAACCAUCAGAAGCUUGGAAGAGGCAAAGAAGAAUUCUUCCUUAGAGCUUUUAGAGGGAUCACGGCUCUGCUGAAACCUUAAUCUCAGACUUCUAGCCUCCUGAAUGAAGAAAGAAUAAAUUUCGACUGUUUUAAGCCACCAAGGAUAGUUGGUUUUGGCAGCUCUCGAAAAUGAAUACAGCUGCUAAAAUGAUCCCUGUCUCCUCGUGUUCACAUUCUGUGUGUAUCCCCUCCCACAAUGUACCAGAGUUGUCUUCGUGACUAAUAGAAUAUGGCAGAAGUGAUGGCCUGCCACUUCCAAGAUUAGGUUAUAAAAGACACUGCAGCUUCUACUUGCGCUCUCUCUCUCUGCCACCCACUGCCCCCAAGUCUAUCUUGGCUCACUCGCUCUGGGGGAAGCUAGCUGCCGUGCUAUGAGUAGGCCUGUAAAGAGACUUAUGUGGUAAAAAAUGAAGUCUCCUGCCCACAGCCACAUGAGUGAACCUAGAAGCAGAGACUCUGUGAGAUAAUCAAAGUUCGUUGUUCUAAGUUGCUCAGUUUUGGUCUAAUGUGUUAUGCAGCAACAGAUAACUAAUAUGCAGAGAAAGAGAAA